AUGUUGCUGAAACGGCGACCAACAAUUUGCUUCCAGAAAAAUCAAGAAAGUUGUUUGAAAGAGAGUACACGAAGUUUUGCAGCUGGAGAAGUGAGAAAAGGGCCGGAGGAAAUAAUUCUCGCCUAUUUGUCCGUAAAUGCAAAGAAUGUCAAACCUUCAAGUUAUUAUUCAAUGUUAAAGGCCGUUAUUAUAUUCGAAGAAAAAAUGGAUAUUAACAGAUGUUCUGAACAAGCAGUCAUUAGGUUGCAAGUCCAAGAAGUCAAAGAUUCUUAUGGAGCUGCUGCUCGAAGACAAAAAGUGACUAGAGAAAGAGACAAUCGAAUACCUAUAAUGAACGAUAUUAUUUUUAGAAUGAGAGAGAUCAAAACAUGUGAACUUACCCAUGUGAAAAAGCUGAAUCGCAUAUCAAACGAUAACAUUACGAUUGCGACGUACAUUCACAAACUAUCUGUUUACGUAUUUAUUUUAGUUUUAACAGCGACUGGUACUCCUUUAGAGCCACAUUUGAUUUUUAUGUCUAUAAACGUAUACAAUUUACUUAAAACAUCGGUGCAUCAAGUAACUUUUGCUGUUAAUUUAAUAUCAGAAGUUAAAGUGUGUAUAACCCGCAUCGAAAUAUUUUUGCUAUCGGAUCACGAAGCUAUUGACAAACAAAAAAUAGAAGAAAUGCAAGGUUGUAAAAUAUAUGCUCGUAAUUUAACGGCUCAAUGGAACUCAUCACAAAAGGCGACGAUAAAAGACGUAAAUUUCAAACUUGAUUGUGGUCAGCUAGUUGCAGUUACCGGAGACACAGGGAGUGGAAAGUCUUCUUUAUUCCAAACUAUAUUGCAAGAACUAUUUAUAGUCGACGGAAUUCUCUCCCAGGAUGGUUUGAUAUCUUAUGCAUCGCAAAAUCCAUGGGUGUUUUCGGCAACCAUCCGAGAAAACAUAAUAUUUAAUGAAGCCUUUAACCAGAACAACUCCCAUGGAGACAAAACUUUGGUAGGAGAAAAAGGAGCAAUGCUAAGUGGAGGCCAAAAAGCCAGAAUUAACUUGGCACGAGCUAUAUACAAAGGUGCAGACAUCUAUCUUUUAGAUAAUCCUCAAGCGGCGAUGGAUGUAUGUGUCGUUCGACACAUUUUUACCCAAUUAUAUGUUCUAGAAGACGGGAAGGUAAAGUUUUCCGGAAAAUAUGAAACACUAGAACAGACCCCAAAUAACGUACAAGAAAACAGAAACAAAACAGUGACAAAAUUUUGUGGAAAAAGUUGUAAAGCCCAAAUUGAAACUAAAGAACACGCAGGUAGUAAUAAAGUCAACACAUAUACAACAUAUUUGUUUGCCAAUGAAAGCCAGUUCUUCGUCUAUCUUCAAUUCUUCCUUUUCAUUUCAACUCGAAUUUUUAUGAACGGUUCAGACGUGUUCUUGUGUUUCUGGAUCAACCUGAGGCAAAAUCCUACUAAAUUUAGCAUAACACUGUUGCAAUACAUUUCCGACGUUAAAUGUGUGUACAUUUACAGUGGAUUUAUACUAAUAGUGGUAUUUUUGUUUCACAUGGGUUCUUUAAACUUUGUAGAAUGCUGUAAUAAGUGCUCCCUUAAGCUACACGAUACGCUAUUCAACAAAAUACUGUAUGGAACUAUAAAGUUUUUCGACAGUGAUCCAUCUGGUCGAAUUGUUAAUAGAAUUUCUAGUGAUAUAAGUGCCAUCGAUGAGACCAUCCCCAAAAAUGUGUAUCAAGUUGCAAGACAAAUUUGUACUGUGUUAGGUAUUUAUGUCGUGGUCAAUGCAGUAAAUCAUUACAUGAUUGCACCAACACUGGUUUUGUUGGUAAUUUUUUAUUACUAUUUGCAAGCUUUCCGACCAGUACUUAACAAACUGAAGAGAAUCGCCGCCACACGUAAACUUGUAGCAAAGAUCGGGACUACAUCUUCCAUUGAUUUCAUUUUUUUAGAGUUUCAGAAGCCCAAAAAUACUCUUUGUCAAAAUUCGAACGCUAUCAAGAUUCCUAUACCUCGAUUACACGCUUUGCACGCUUCUUAUGCAUUUUGGACAGAUUUCACUUGCAUGUUGUAUGUAGCCGUUGUUAUAUUCUUUCUAAUAAUCUUCAAAAAGAGUGAUAUGGUGGGAAACGUUGGUUUAUCCAUUACACAAUCGCUCUUAAUGAUUUCAGCGAUACAGUACAUGAUCAAGAUUUAUGGUGAGCUUGAAACACAAAUGACUUCAGUUGAAAUAGUUGCGGAAUACGAUGACCUAACAGUUGAGGAUAAUAAUAAAAGUGAAAUUAAUCCUCCUGCCGCAUGGCCUGCAAGCCAUAUGUGA